ACAGAAAAAAAAAAAAAAAAACUUGGCAGAGUUGGCUUUGUCGCGGCACAGGGGUGAGACGCAGAGACAUAUAUCAGAAGGGCCUUUUGUUCUUGUGACCCCCUACCUCUUUCUUUUCUCUGCGACGCCGGGGGAUCAGGAAAAAAAGGAAAGGAAAAGAAAGCUGUCUCCGGAUUUUUGACACUGAGAGCUUGGUGCAUCUCGACUUUUCUUCCUUUGUUCGUUAUUUUUUCCAUUGGCGACUUGACCCCGCCCCCACCAGUUGGUUACCUUGCCGCACAAGCAAUGACGGCUUCAAAUCUCCACGAACAGGCUCCUGCUGUGGCGGCCGUGGCACACCAGCAGCAGCAACAACAGCAGCAGUCAUCCCGAGGCUUCGCGACCCGAGCUGUCCACGCCGGUAGCUCACCCGACCCAACGACCGGAGCGGUCAUCCCAGCCAUCUCGCUCUCUACGACAUUCCGACAAUCGGCACCAUCACAGCCCGUCGGCCUUUACGAAUACAGCCGCAGUGCAAACCCGAACCGUGACAACUUCGAGGAGGCCGUCGCUUCCCUCGAAAAUGCCCGGCAUGGCUUCGCCUUCAGCUCAGGCAGCGCCACCACAGCCGUGGUGCUCCAAAGCCUGGCCAGUGGCUCCCAUGUCAUCUCGGUCUCGGAUGUGUACGGCGGAACGCAUCGUUACUUCACACAGGUCGCCCAAGCACACAAUAUCGAGGUGACCUUUAGCCACGACAUUGUUGCCGAUGUGGGCUCGCAAAUUCGCCCAGACACCAAGCUCAUCUGGAUUGAGUCCCCCAGCAACCCUACCCUGAGCUUGGUCGACAUCCGUGCCGUUGCCGAUGCCGCCCACGCGCGCGGCGUCCUGGUCGUCGUCGACAACACCUUCCUCUCCCCAUACAUCCAGAACCCGCUAAACCUUGGCGCCGACAUCGUCGUCCACAGCGUCACCAAGUACAUCAACGGCCACAGCGAUGUGGUCAUGGGUGUGGCCGCCUGCAACGACGACGCCCUAGCGAGCCGCUUGCGCUUUCUGCAAAACGCCAUCGGCGCCGUGCCCUCGGCCUUCGACUCGUGGCUAGCUCACCGUGGACUCAAGACGCUGCACCUGCGUGCUCGCGAGGCUUCGCGCAACGCCGCCGCCGUUGCUGCCUUUCUCGAGACCAGUCCUUACGUCAUCUCGGUCAACUACCCGGGGCUCGAGUCCCACCCGCAGCGGGAUAUUGCCCGCCGGCAGCACCGCGACGGCAUGGGAGGUGGCAUGCUGUCAUUCCGCGUUAAGGGUGGUUUGGUUGCUGCCGACAGCUUCUGCAGUACCACGCGUGUCUUCACAUUGGCCGAGUCGCUGGGCGGAGUCGAGUCCUUGGUUGAGUUGCCCAGCGUCAUGACCCACGCAGGUAUCCCUCGCCAGAGCAGGGAGGCCGUUGGUAUCUACGACGAUCUGAUCCGCAUCAGCUGCGGCAUCGAGGAGGCCGAAGAUCUGGUGGCCGAUGUCAGGCAGGCUCUUGAGGCUGCUGCUUUGGCCAGCAAGCUACACAGUAGCAGCGGCAACGGCAAUGGGCACUGAUGGCCCAGUGCUUCCAGCUGUUGAUGACGGUAAUGACGGUUUUGUGAAUUUAAAAUUUUGGAUUUCAUUUCGGCAAUACGUCUGGGCGCGAUAGUUUCGCGUACUGGAAAUUGGCAUUAGACUUAUCGGCAUUGCUAGAUAUACAGUAGAUGAACCCGGGGCUCCUUGAUGAGAGACGCGGCAAAUUUCAACAAGAACUAAAUAAAAGAAGAAAAGAAAAGAAAAGACGAGAAUGAUUGAUAGUGUCCAAAAGUUACGAAGUGACAGAGCCGAAAAAGAGAGCCAACUUCUAUCACACUGUGG